AUGAGUACCUUUGGGUACAGCAGGCAGCUGAAAAAGUACGAGGAGGUGGACGAGGAUGAGCUGCUGGCCACGUUGUCCUCCGAGGAGCUCCUGGAGCUGGAGAGGGAGCUGGCCGACCUCGAUGACAACGUGCCCAUCGGCAUGAGGCAGAAAGACCAGACAGCCAAAACCCCGACGGGGACCUUCGACAGGUACGCUCUCAUGAAAUACUGGGAGGACGAGAACAAGAAGCUGCUGGAGGAUGAGACGAAGGAGUCAAAACCCAGACAGGAGGGACGACCUGAUGACAGCAGAGGGGAGCGAGUGACAGUGACCACCAGCAAUGUCGGCAAGACUCUGGACAGCACCAAAAAUACACAAAAUUGGAAGAAAGUGCCAAGUGUCUUCAGCAGAAAUGGUACGAAGAAAGACGAGGUGGAAAAGAAAGACGAGUGUAAAAAGGAGGAUCAGAUCAGGAGUAAAUGUCCUCAGAAGAAUGCCGUGACGAAAGGCUCGAGGAGUGAAUCCAGGAGGACUGAAACCACAGACCAAAACCUGAACACAACCUGUGACAGAGCGAGCGGGAACCCGAUCAUCAUCGACGAAACCUUGGAGCAGAUCCUGCGUAACGACCCCGCCAGAAGCGAAGUCAAUCUCAACAACAUUGAAGACAUUUCCCAGGAAAUCUUGCUUCGUUUCGCAGAGGCUCUGUGCACAAACACUCACGUCAACGUCUUCAGCCUUGCCAACACCCACGCCGACGACCGGGUCGCGUUCGCCAUCUCCAAGAUGCUCUGUGAGAACCGCAUCAUCAGAAACCUGAACAUCGAGUCAAACUUUGUGUCUGGUCAGGGCAUCCUGGCUCUGAUGGCGGCGCUGCAGCACAACAGGACACUGGUGGAGUUGCGCUUCCACAACCAGAGGCACAUGUGCGGCGGGAAGGUGGAGAUGGAGAUGGUGGAGCUGCUGAGGGAAAACACCACUCUGCUCAAGCUCGGCUACCAGUUUGACCUUCCGGGGCCGAGGAUGACGGCGACCAGCAUCCUGACGCGCAACCAGGACCAACAGCGACAGAGGAGGCUCCAACAGAUGAAGGAACAGAGUCCUCCAGAAGUGUCGGUGCAAGGUCCUGGUUCAUCUGCAGAAAACAGACCGCGAAAGAAGCCAUCACAAUCUUCUAAGACUGUUGAAAAUCAGAACAGAAAUCCUCCACCUCCUCCUCCUCUGUCUUCAGACAUGCCAACGAGGAAGAUCUCCGAAAUGGUCAAACUGCACGAAGUCCCGAACAGCACGAAGACUCAGUCGAACCAAAGGAAACCAAAGUCAAAGAAGCUCAAGAAUGGCGCCAACGAAAAGGAGAGCGCAGAUAUUCUCAAAGAUCUAAAGAACGCGUUGAGGCCGUCGCUGCAGAAGAGACGAGACGAACCAUCACGCCUGCCCCCCCCUCAGAGGUCCAGCCGCGAUGACCUGAUGGCAGCAAUUCGUGGGAGCAGCAUCGGAUCCUUAAAAAGGGUGGAUCUGUCACCGGCCUGAACUCACCUACUCCUCACACCUGAACUCCACUCACAGUGUAUUGAAAAUGUUUCAUUUUUAUUUCACACUAAAAUAUCACUUUUUAAACAGUAUCUUAUUUAACUUGUUACACGGCUUAGCAGCAGACGGCAUUUCUGUAUGUUUCCGACAUUAUUUUAUUUUGUUACUGUGUGAAAAAGUCUGUGAAU